UCCACCGCCGAACCACCCUCCAAAUUUGCAGGCCUGCAGCGAACCCGCGAGGAGCCUUACGUGUUAGUAACAAAGUAUGCAUCGGAGAAUGAUACACUCCGCAAUCAAUUGUGGUACGAUAUCAACAUUGACGAUGGAAUGGUGGCUCUUUCCGAUGAAUGGGCCGCGCAACACGAUCUUCGCACCGCACAGCGGUUUCCUUGGGAUCAAAGCAAGGGCAUUUAUCUCCUACAAGGUUUUCAUAAUCUCCAUUGUAUGAAGAUUAUCUACAUCUCGAUGAACGAGUACCGGACCGGGCAACCCCAAACGCGCUCCUGGCACCACAUCUCGCAUUGCAUGGAUGCGCUGCGCCGACAAAUUCUGUGCGAUGCGGACGAUACCCCGCGAGCGACCGAGAGACGUGCAGAAGUGGUGACUGGAGUCGGUCAGCAUCGAAUGUGUCGUAACUGGGAUGAACUGGUGGAUUUUGCAAAGCAGCACACGGCGUGCUAUAAGCGUCCGGAUCCGCCAGAUGAAAGUCCAAUUUUGGACAAGUUCAAGCACUGUCCUCCGGGGAGCGGAUAU